AUGGAUUAUGUCAAUCACACUUGGAUCCCAAAUUUCAUCCUUGUUGGUUUUACUACCUCUGGGACUUUGCGACCUCUUGCCUUCCUGGGAACCCUGUGCAUCUAUCUCCUCACACUGGCAGGGAACCUGUUCAUCAUUGUUCUGGUUCGAGUGGAUUCUGGACUGUCCACACCCAUGUACUUCUUCAUCAGUGUCCUCUCCUUCUUGGAGCUCUGGUAUGUCAGCACCACGGUGAUCACACUGUUGCAUACCUUGCUCCAUGGACCUUCAUCCAUCCCAUCUACUAUGUGCUUCAUCCAGCUGUAUGUCUUCCAUUCCUUGGGAAUUUCUGAAUGUUAUUUGCUGUGUGCCAUGGCACUGGACCGCUACCUGGCCAUCUGCCGCCCACUCCACUACCAUGCGCUCAUGAACAGACAGGUACAACGAUGGCUAGCAGGGGUCAGUUGGGUGGCUGGUUUCUCAGCAGCGGUUGUGCCAGCCAGCCUCACAGCCACUCUUCCUUUCUGCUUCAAGGAGGUGGCUCACUACUUUUGUGAUUUGGCACCACUAAUGCAUUUGGCAUGCAUUGACACAAGCUGGCAUGCUCGGGUCCAUAUUUUGGUUAUAGGAGUGAUCAAUGCAUGCAAUCUUAUGUUCAUUUGGGGACUGUAUGGGGGCAUCCUGAGGGCUGUGGUGAAGCUUCCCUCAGCUGCCAGCCGUGCCAAGGCUUUCUCCACCUGCUCCUCUCAUAUAACUGUAGUGACACUCUUCUUUGGCUCUGCCUUUAUAGUCUAUGUGAGGCCACCUGGAAUACAGACUGAGGGUAUGGACAAGCAGAUUGCCUUGCUGUAUGCUCUUUUUACCCCGUUCCUCAACCCUAUUAUCUACACCCUUCGUAACAAGGAGGUGAAAGAGGCUGUGAGGAGAGUCACUCAGAGGAUUGGGGCUGUGUUAAAGGGAUCCUAA